AUGAGCUCCAUUCCACUUUUUCGUACGCCUGAAGAGAUCACAGCAGAACUAGAAAGGCAGCAGCAAGAAGAUGAUGAGUUUGAAGAAUCGUGUUCAGAAGAUGAGGAUGGAUUAUUGAUGAAUGAUGAUGAUGUGGACGAUGAGUUUGAUGCUGAAGGACCAAGACAUGAUACUCAGAUGGAGAUAGAUCCAGAGAAUAGAGAAUUUUUGAUUGGGAAGGAUGGCGAGACUAUAUGGACCAAUAAGACUCUACAAUCACCAUUUGGACGGACUCCAGCAAGGAAUAUAAUAACACACUUUCCUGGUGCCAAAGGAAUAGCUAAAGAUCUGAAGAAAGAGAUUGAUCUAUUUUCUUUGUUUGUCACUGAAGAAAUGAUGAACAUUUUGGAACGUUAUACAAACGAAGAAAUAGAGAGAAAAUGCUCCAAACAUGAAUGGUUGGCCAAAGAAAGGUACACACACCCUACCAAUGUUCCAGAAAUAAAGGCUCUGAUAGGACUUUUGUUUAUGGCUGGAGAGUUGAAAAAUUCUGGACUGAACCUACAAGACCUGUUUUCACCAAUUCAUGGACCACCAAUUUUUCGCUAUGGGAUGUCAAAAAAUCGUUUUCAGUUUCUUCUUCUAACUCUUCGCUUUGAUGAUAAAAACAGUCGUGCUGAGAGAAAAGCUAAUGAUAGAUUUGCUGCUUUCAGAGAGUUUUGGGAAUUAUUCUUGAAAAAUUGUAGAGCUUACUACACUCCAUCAGAAUAUGUAACAGUUGAUGAGACUCUACUCAGUUUCAGGGGACGAUGCAUAUUCCGGAUGUACAUGAAGAAUAAACCGGACAAGUACGGUCUAAAAAUAGUUUCCCUAUGCGAUGCAAAAACGUAUUACUUCUUAGGAGGUAUACCAUAUCUUGGUAAAGAGAGGAGAGAGAUUGAAAAUGUGUCGAAACCCACAAGUUAUGUCCUGAAUCUAGUAGAUUCUCUGAAGAAUAGUAAUAGGAACGUCACCACAGAUAACUGGUUCACGUCCUGUGAGUUGGCAGACAAACGCCCAAAAUGCCAGACUUCCCAAAAUGCUUCGCUUGUCAAUCAAACAUCAUCUAGGUGA